AACAAAUGAUGUGCUUUUGCUGUCAUCCUUUUGAAUCCAGCAGGAAUAUUAUGAGGUUUUCGUCGCCUCUUCUGAGUUUUCUCCCUCCACUCGGUUUGCAGUCAAGUCGACGCUUGCCAUCAUGUCGAGCGCCACCUCUAUUGUAGCCCGGAUAGCUUAUCUGGCUUCGGAUACCAUCGUAGAUUCCCAGCCUACCGCUCCAUCGACCUCGCAGUUCUCAAAAACAUAUAAUUCGCUCUCUGCGACAUCUAUUCGGCGUGCGACAAUCCUGUCGGUGCCCUUAGGCGGCGAUCCAGGGUCGACAUUACUCAGAAACGGAUCGAGUGCCGGGCUCAUCUCAUUUACCUCUUCAGCAACGGCGCACACCGUAAUCAGGCUUGUCCUUGAUGCUCCUGAACUUUCAUCACUUCCCCUCGUCCUACAUCUUGCAGUGAAAGAUGACCUGUCUGACGUCCUUCUGCUCCGUUCCGCCGUCCCUUUCUUCCUCGUCUCUAGAACUGCACAACAAGCACAUGAUCAUUCACUCCUGGCAUCUCGUUUGGCGCGGACCGAGAAGAAGGCGGUCGUGCAUGUCUUCUAUGAGGGAUUCGGUGAUUUAGCGGAGGAGAUAGCAGAGAGUGACGUGCAGCCUUUCCUUCUCUCCGAGAAGCCUGCGUCGACCAACGGAGUGAACGGGCACAAUGGUCAUGCGAACGGUGUAAAUGGCACCAACGGUGUCAACGGCAAUUCCACGACCAUAGUGUCCCCUGGCUUAGAGCUUUUCAAGCUUUACGAGUGUGCAGCGCUUUCUACGGUCGUUCGCACUCGUCGCGCAUGCCCUCCGCUCCAGGUACAUGGCUCCAGUGAACCCCACACUGUCAUCUUUGCUCUGGGUGAUAUCCCUUCUGUGGAUAUUGACGGAGUGUCAGUUGUCUCAGUCAGCUUGCUCGCUCCCCUACCCCCAUCCCGCAUACUCGAUGUCAUUCCACCAUCUGCAUCACGUGUCGUCAUCCUGGAGCAGCUCCACCGCUGGAAUACGAAGUGGACACCUUUGUAUCUUGAACUUGUCGAUGCAAUUCAACAGCGUGUAGGAGAGCAGCGACCUCACAUCCAGAGCGUAUACUUUAGUGACCCUGCGCAAUUGAUUUCCCCCGCAAUUGUGAAACUAUUCCAGGCAGCUCCCUCUUCGACUCCGCUUCAACUUGGAGGUGUCAGUGCCUCCUCGCUUCUCUCGCUACAGUUGCCACACAUACCCAAGCACGAGUCUUCUUAUACGAAGAUCUUGUCUCACGUCUUCGGCGAGCGCCUCGAGGUUUCCAAUUCGCCUGCCUUGGUGCCUCAACAAGGUGUUAUUGCCACCAGCCCAGAGUUUGCGCUGGGUCGCGUUCGGGGACAACUCGAUCAGCGACAUGAACUCGUUCGUUCUGUGCAGCAGCUACUGGAGGUCAAGGAGAUCAGCCCUGAGCUGCACAAACUUUCCAGCCAGUGGAUUCUCGUCAAGGAUGACGCUAUCAAGAGUCGCUCAAUGGGCAAGGAGCUCAUCACCGCGCUCGAGUCUUCAAAGCUCUCAAGUCCUAUUGUCGACCGCAUUCUUGCACUCCGCGCACACAUCCCCGCACGCUCAAGAUGGAUCAUUGGCUCAGACGCCUGGUCUUACGAUCUUGGCGCCUCUGGUCUGCACCACGCCAUUGCGUCCGGUCUCGAUAUCAACAUUCUCAUCAUCGAUACCCUUCCUUAUACAUCCCGCAACUCCACUGAUCCACACCGUCGUAAGCAAGAUGCUGGUCUGUAUGCAAUGAACCAUGGCGAUGUCUACGUGGCGAGCGUUGCCGUGUAUUCCUCGUAUGCUCAAGUACUGCAAGCAGUCAUGGAGGCGGACAGGCACAAGGGCCCCAGUGUCGUGCUUGCAUACCUGCCUUACCAACAUGAGGACGCACCAGCACUUGAGGUGUUGAAGGAGACCAAGCUCGCUGUCGACGCUGGGUACUGGCCACUUUAUCGCUGGGACCCCGUUAAGGAAGCACAAGGCAAAGAGCCAUUCACGCUUGACUCGGACGCUGUAAAGAAUGACCUGCAGCAGUUCCUCGACAGACAGAACCAUAUCUCGCAGCUCGUGCGCUCCAAGCCCGAGCUCGCCACAGAAGUAGUGAGCAGCUUGGGUGAGAAUGUAAAGGAGGCGAGGAGGAAGAAGGCACAGCAAGCGUAUGAUGACUUGGUUGUUUCGCUUGAUGCGCCACCGUUGGUAGUGCUGUAUGCCUCGGAUGGUGGCACCGCAGAGAAGUUUGCGAAGCGAUUGGCCAACCGCGGUAAAGCCAGAGGCUUGUCGACAUCCAUUGGCACCAUCGACUCUAUGUCUAUCGAUAACCUCGCUCAAGAGGAGUACGUGGCCUUCGUCACAUCUGUGGCAGGCCAGGGUGAGCCCCCACAGAACGGGCGGACUUUAUUCAAGGCGCUCAACGCCGCUGCUCUUCGUGGAGAGAAGCCUUUCUCGAACCUUCGAUAUUCGGUCUUCGGCCUUGGUGACAGCCACUACUGGCCACGCCCAGAAGAUGCCCACUACUACAACAAGCCUGUCAAGGACCUUGAUGCUCGCUUGGAGCAGCUAGGAGGAGAACGCUUCGCGGAUAUUGGGCUUGCUGACGAUCAGGAUGCAGAUGGGCCGGAUACCGGGUACAAAGUGUGGGAGCCACUUGUGUGGAAGACGUUCGGUGUCGACAGCAUUGAAGUGAAAGAAGCUGAGCCCGACCCAAUCACAAAUGAGCAUAUCAAGGCGGCAUCGGGCUACCUUCGAGGCACGAUUGCAGAGGGUCUCGAGGAUACCAGCACGGGCGCCCUCGAUCCCAGUGACACCCAACUCACGAAGUUCCACGGUAUCUACCAGCAAGAUGACCGCGACAUCCGUGACGAGCGUCAAGCUCAAGGUGUCGAGCCUGCGUUCAGCUUCAUGAUUCGCGUCCGCACGCCCGGUGGUGUUUGCACGUCUGAGCAGUGGCUGCAGAUGGACCAGAUCGCUGAUGAGCAUGGCAAUGGGACAUUCAAGAUCACCACAAGAGCUACAUUCCAGUUCCAUGGUGUUAUCAAGCGCCACUUAAAGCCUUCCAUUCAGGAGAUCAACAAAGUCUUGUUGGAUACUUUGGCAGCAUGCGGUGACGUCAAUCGGAAUGUUAUCUGUUCCGCCAUUCCUACCUUGUCCCGACUUCAUGCACAGGUCUACAACUUCGCGAAGCUUGUCAGUGCUCACUUGUUACCUAGAACAACGGCAUAUCACGAGAUUUGGUUGGACAAGAAAUUGGUUGCUGGCGAGGCGGUCAAGGACUUUGAGCCGCUCUACGGCGAGUUUUAUCUUCCACGAAAGUUCAAAGUCGCGGUUGCGGUACCGCCCACUAAUGACGUCGAUGUCUUUGCAAACGACCUGGGCUUCAUUGCCAUUGUCGAUGAGCAGGGAGAAUUGGCUGGCUUCAAUGUUACUAUCGGUGGUGGCAUGGGAGUAACUCACGGCAAUAAGAAAACGUACCCUCGAACUGCGGACGUCAUCGGUUUCUGCACUGUUGAACAAGGUCCUAUCGUAGCAGAAAAGGUUAUGCUUACGCAGCGAGACAACGGAAAUCGUGCAGAUCGCAAAAACGCUCGAUUGAAAUACACCAUUGACCGGAUGGGGCUGGAUAUUUUCAAAGCGGAGGUUGAGAGUCGACUCGGUUAUCCAUUGGCCCCAGCACGAUCAUUCACGUUUGACCGCAACAUUGACGACUUUGGCUGGUCAACGGGAGACGACGGCAGGCAUCAUGUCAUGCUCUUCAUUGAGAACGGGCGCAUUCAGGACGAACCUGGACGCGACUUUAAAGCUGGUCUUCGCGAGAUCGCCAAGAUUCAUAAGGGCACGUUCCGUCUGACCGCGAAUCAGCAUUUGAUGAUCUCCGAAAUCGCUACGGAAGACGUGCCAGAGAUCAAGAGAAUACUCGCCAAAUACAAGCUGGACAACCUGAACCACACCGGUUUACGACUGUCCUCGUCAGCUUGUGUGGCCUUCCCGACGUGCGGUCUCGCAAUGGCUGAGUCCGAACGUUAUCUACCAGUACUCAUUGACAAGGUCGAGAAAAUCUGCGAGGAGAAUGGCCUUCGCAACGAUUCCAUUGUUAUGCGGAUGACUGGUUGCCCCAACGGCUGCGCACGACCAUAUGUCGCUGAGAUUGCCUUCGUUGGUAAAGCACCUGGAUCCUAUUCCAUGCUUCUCGGUGGCGGAUACUAUGGCCAGCGCCUGAACAAGAUUUACCGGGAAACAGUAUCGGAACCCGAGAUUCUCGCCAUCCUUAAACCUAUGAUCAAGCGAUAUGCGCUCGAGCGGCUCCAGGGUGAGCACUUUGGUGACUUUGUCAUCAGGGCGGGAUACAUCGCCCCAACUACAUCCGGGAAAGAGUGGUACGACGGUAUGGGCGGAGAAGGACAGUAUCGUGAGGUUGUGGCCGCUGCAUAAUGUCUCCUUCUGUGAUCACUAAGUACAUCCAUGAGUCUUUUUUGGGUAUCAAAUCACCUCAUAACCUGCUGGUCAUGAUUGACAAAUGAAAUUGGGAUGCUUAUGUACUCUAUCCAAUGUAUCGCACAUGCCACACGAAAUCAUUUCACUCUGGUUCCUACUGCUUACUAGCCUUGGCUUCUGCAAACGUCUCCUUCACGGCACUGAUAAUCUUGUCGAUGUCACCACGAUUAGGGUCAACGACAGAAACCC